UCUAUCCGUAUUUAUUUCUAUUGCAGUGUAAACAGUUCCUUUCUUUUCAGUCUUUCUUACGAGUUUUACAUGCCCGUAGUCAUUUUUAUUGUGCUUCUCUGAACCAUCUGUUGUGUCCUCACUGAGAUCAGGUGCAUAUUUUUUGGAUGAGGAUAGCAAUAUAAUGGCAGGACCUUUCCUUAUUCUUGUUUGUUCCUCAGCAUCAUAUAUUAAACAUGAAAUUUGAAGUAGAGCCUUGAGGCCCCCUGCUGUUCAGUUAUUGCUGUGAUGGAAAUGAAUAUUUCUCCUGUUUCCUGGGCCUCUUUUGUGAGUACUCUGCCUGUCAUCCUUGGAUUUGUUUCUCUAGUUGGCUCUAGUGAGGCACCUGUUGAAAGUGUAAAGGCUUGAAUUCUUGUUGGUAAUAUCUCUUAUUGGACCAGCUGCAUGUUUGGGAUAAAUGUGGCGGUUGAAGUGCUCUUCCUUGGGUGCCUCAGGUUGGAAAUUUUCCUUUAUCCACUCCCACAGUGACAUUGUUAAAGAGCAUGUGUAAAUGGACUGUGUAUGUUUUGGAUAAAUUCUUAAUCUUGGUCUCAGUCCUUGCUUGUAAAAAUGGUUUCCUUACAGCACUGGGGGCAAGUCCUAUAAAUAUUUGAGGUAUUUAAACUAUUGUGACUAUAUGACCAUCUAGAACCUUCUUUCUCCCAUCUGGUUUCUAAUAACACAGGUGUUUGUAUGCAUUCUUCCCUGUGGAAAAAACGACCAGACGUUUUUAUUCGGAGCUUAUGCUAUCAAUGCUCUUCAAAUAUAAUUGAGAAUAUAGGCUUUCACCCUUUCAGUUUUUGAAGGUGGAACAACAGCAACAUCCUCUAUUAGUAAUGGGUCUCAUAUAUACAUCUGGAAAAUAGCUCCCAGACUUCAGAUCAGAAGUGCAGCCAUGAAAGAUCCAAGUCGCAGCAGUACCAGCCCAAGCAUCAUCAAUGAAGAUGUGAUUAUUAAUGGUCACUCUCAUGAAGAUGACAAUCCGUUUGCUGAGUACAUGUGGAUGGAAAAUGAAGAGGAGUUUAACAGGCAGAUUGAAGAAGAGUUGUGGGAAGAAGAAUUUAUUGAACGCUGUUUUCAAGAAAUGCUGGAAGAGGAGGAAGAACACGAAUGGUUUAUUCCAGCUCGAGAUCUCCCACAAACAAUGGAUCAAAUCCAGGACCAAUUUAAUGACCUUGUUAUCAGUGAGAGCUCAUCACUGGAAGAUCUGGUGGUCAAGAGUAAUCUGAAUCCAAAUGCGAAGGAGUUUGUUCCUGGGGUGAAGUACUGAGUAUUUGAGUAGACUGGGCCCUCUCUUGGUGGAUGUAGCACAAUUUCCACACUGUGAAGCCAGUAUUAGAAGAUUUAAUUGUAAAAGCUCUCUCUUCUUGUCACUGUGUUACACUUAUGCAUUGCCAAAGUUUUGUUAGUCUUGCAUGCUUAAUAAAAGUGCUGAGACUGUUAUUAAGUAAAAAGCUGUCAAAAGUUUAAUGAAAAUAUAAUUGGACCCUGGCUUUCUGUGAAGGAAACAGUGAGGUAAGAAGCACCAGUCAAGUUGAGACAAAGUACCAAAUUUAUGAAAAUCUCUUGCAGACUCUGUCUUUUUAAUAGGUUUUAGGAUUGACUGAGGAUGGUCUGUUUUUUUGUUUUUUUUUUUUAAAUGAGAACAUGUAAACUGGUGCUAACUUGCACUGGAUAAUGCCUUAACUUUAAAAAGAAAAGCAAGGUUAUCUGAUUAUUAUGCAAAUUAGCUAACUUUCCUUUAAAACUUCAGUAUUGUUACUAAUGAUUUUCCCUUAUCAAAAACUUUACUUCAUGCUCUUUUUGAGAAGCAUGAACUAUAACAGUACUAUUUUACAGACCUGUACAGAGUCCUAGAUCUCAGUUACUGAACUAAAAUCCAAUUGAUUGGAAGAAAUGUCCUGUAUUUACAAUGUUAUCAUGUUUUAGAAAUGUUUUUCACUUAAUUACAUUAAAGGAGAUGUGAGUUUCAUCACAAUUUCUUCCGAGAACCCACAUACAUAGAACUGUAUAACUUCUAGUAUACAACUUUAAUAUAGUUGGAUUUAACCAAGAAAAACCCUAGCAUUAGUGAUUUGAGUGGUGCUUUUCCCUUGCUUUGUUUAUUCAUCACUACACAAUAGUCUACAGCACAACAACUUUUUUCUUUUAAUAAAGCUAGAACAGUUUUGGCUUCUUAAACUUCAUAUUUGGGUAGGUUAAGCUGCCAUACGUGUUCAGUGUGAAUAGUGUUUAAGUUGAAAAUAUUGUAAAAAAAUUAUAUUUUUUCAAAAAUAUUUAAAAAAAUAAAUAAUAGUAGAACUGA